CGGAGCGGGCGCAGCGAGGGCUGGUCUGGAGCAUCGCUCUUCCCGGGCGCGGUACCCUGCGGAGCCUCGCAGUAUUACUCCGGGAGCCGCCGUAUCAUCGGGCAGGACCAGCAGCUCCAGUCCAGCCUGUCUGCACAAAACCGCCACGCCAGCUCUGGUCUCCCUCCAGGCUGUGAAGGUGAAGACUGCCAUGGUCAGUUUCAAUCAAGAUCAUCUCUCUCCCUUGGAACAGGGACGGGUUGGUAAUCUUCUUGAGUAUGUGUUUUUUCUCAAUGCUAGUGCUCCUAUAGAAACUAAGAAUAGGAUAAAAUAAUAGUGCCAACAGCCUAAAGAAAGGAUUCCAAUGUCUAUCAGCUAAAGUAUCACAAAUAUUUGAAGUACACUUUAAGUUGUAGAAAAGUCUUAAUUUUUAAGUUUGUAGGCAGAAUACAGUAAUUGAAGGUUAAGCAGUAUGACAUGCUUCAUCCUAUGAAACUAUAUACCCAAUGGACACUAUCACAUAUUUAGUCUCCUUCCUCUGUUAAUUUAAUAUGCAAUGAAUAUUAUUUUUGGAGGAUUAGAUUUACUAGUGAAAACAAGCAGAACAUCAAGUACAAAAGUGUGUGAUAAGUUACAAAGCAUGUUAAAACAUGUUCUAAAUUAUGUUGUUGGGUUCAGUGUCACAUUGCAAAUUAAAAGAGAAUUCUGGAAUUUUCCUUUAAAAUUUUUUUAAUUCAAAGUGCAAGACCUCAUUGUUAAAAUUUCCCUCUCUGUGCUUUCUGCUGUAAUUGCAUGCUAGCUCACUGGGCUACUUUCCUUAAGUUUUAAAUUUUCUUCCAAUUUGACUUCACUGUACAUGAAAAAUACUCUUUGAACAAAUGUCCGCCUUCCUCAAAAUAAAUUAGAAAUGCAGGAUAAAAUACUUACAGUUGUAAUUCUGAAAACUAAGUACACUUCAGAGUAGAUAAAACUAUGUGAUAUGAUGUUGUUAGCGACAAAUUUGUGUCUAGUUUGUGGUCUCUGUUGGCUUGCAAUACAAAAUAUUUGACUCGUGAUUCUCAUAGCUGUGCUGGACACUUGUGCAGUGUUCCACACCUUCCUCCCACCUGCCGCUUUGCCCAGUCAGUUUGCAGUGUCAUGGGCAAAGAGGUGGACCAAUGUGUAGUGUAUUACUCUACAGCAUUACUGAUUAAAAACUCUGUUAUGCCAUGCCUCAGUUUCUUAAAUGCACCUGAGAUCUGCAAGUAGCAGCUUACGAGCCACAGUUUAGCAAUUGAAACUUAAAGAUGAUACUGGGAUAGCUUAAAGAAAAUAGGGGGGAAAAGGAAAUUUUUAACACUGAACAACCUAUGGCAAAGCAGUGGAGCAGUGGACACAAUACACACUUAUUUUUCUUAAACAGAGUUUCUUCCCAGUUUUUAUGAGUAGCUGUUAUUCUUAGGGCUAUUAAAAAAGUUAUUCUGAGGCACUAUCUUUUUUUCUUGAAAGUAGUAAAAGUGUAAGAAACCUUGUAUCUCUCAAGUACUUUAUAUUUUAUAAACUUACAGAUUUACGUUUUGGAAGACAUUCUCUGUAAACUGUGUGGGCUUUUGCAGUUAGGAGCUGGUUUGAAAUUUAAACCUGCACUAAAUUAUUAGGCAGUGAAUUUGUGAUAAGAAGUGGCAUCUGAGUAGCAGUGUAAGUUAUUUAAGGAUAUCCUGUUCUUGAUCAUUUUACCUGUAUGAGAUAGUACUUUCAAAAAAAGAAAAAAAAAAGACUGAGUUCUGUGAUACAGUUCUAGAGUGCAGCUUUCUCAACAGCUACAGCUGUAGCUGCUGCACAACUGCAAUGAUUAUAUUCACAGAGUACUGAAACAGAAAAAAAGGUACUUCAAGAGUAACAGAACUAACAAACAAAAAUUAUCUAGUGCUUGUGCAGUAAAGUAGAAAAUAAAGUUGGCUAGAAAUCUUGUUGCAAUCCAGCAUUGUAGCAUGCCUCCACAUAAAAGUAAUUACUGAAUAUUAAAAACAAUUGUGUUUAAAUAAUGGUAAUGCAAUACUGCUGUGCACUUAGAUUAGUGCACUUGCAGUGACUUGAUAAAAAUCAUCUUGAGAUCCAGGUGGUAAGUAUUGCCUUUUACCUUAUAAACCUAUUUCAGCAAUUCAGUAACAGUUUUUCUCACAACUCUGAAAACUCAGGUGCCCUGCUGUAGUAACUUUUUUCCCUCGCCCUUCUCAUCAGCUCUUCCCUGGUGGUGUUUCUAAGCUCGUAUGAAGGAUGCUGAAGAGACUGUCUCACAUUAAGAUCUUGAACCAGGAAGUGAGUGGAUUUUUCCUUCCAUUUCCCUGAAAAACUUGCCAAAUUCCUGAGAAACAGAAUUUUUUUCUGAAGCUGUUGAAGCUCCUAUGAAGAGAAAAGAAGACAUUUUCUUUAGCCCUGCAAAGCUACCUGGUAUUUGAAAUGCUGAAGAGGAAAUUACGGUUUUGCUACAACUCACGCUUCAGGCUUUUCUUGGGUCUAACUCUCAUUUUAGUAAUAAUUUCAGUUUUGAAAGUUAACCAGAAGGAAGACUUCCUAAACCGGAGACAUCUGGAGCUAACAAAAGAAGAUCCUAUUAGCGAUGUUAACUGCACCAAGAUUAUUGAGGGGGAUAUAGAAGAAAUACAAAAGGUACAGCUUGAGGCAUUAUCAGUGUCAUUUAAGAAGCGCCCUAGACUAACAACAGAUGAUUAUAUUAACAUGACUGCAGACUGUGCCUCCUUCACCAAAACUAGGAAAUACAUUAUGGAACCUCUCAGUAAUGAAGAAGCAGAAUUUCCAAUUGCUUACUCAAUAGUGGUUUAUCACAAAAUUGAGAUGCUUGAUAGACUUCUAAGAUCAAUCUAUGCUCCACAGAAUUUUUACUGCAUUCAUGUAGACAAAAAGUCUCCAGAAUCAUUUUUUGCUGCUGUGAAGGGAAUAGUGUCAUGUUUUGAUAAUGUCUUUAUUUCCAGCCAGUUAGAGAGUGUGGUAUAUGCUUCGUGGAGCAGAGUGCAGGCAGACAUUAACUGCAUGAGAGAUCUCCAUAGAAGAAGUUCAAACUGGAAAUACCUAAUAAACCUAUGUGGCAUGGACUUUCCUAUAAAGACCAACAAGGAAAUAGUAGAGAAAUUAAAAGCCCUUAAGGGUGAAAACAGCUUGGAAACAGAAAAAAUGCCUGUUUACAAAGAAGUAAGGUGGAAGAAACACCAUGAGAUUAUUGAUGGUAAAAUAAAGAACACAGGCAUAGACAAACAACUACCACCUCUCAGUACUCCAGUUUUUUCUGGCAGUGCCUAUUUUGUAGUUAGCAGGAGCUUUGUAGAAUAUGUACUAGAAAACAGCAAAAUACUGAAGUUCAUUGAGUGGGCGAAAGAUACUUACAGCCCAGAUGAGUACCUGUGGGCAACAAUUCAGAGAAUCCCUGAAGUCCCAGGCGCGUUUUCUUCCAGUGACAAGUACGACGUUUCCGACAUGAAUGCCCUGGCCAGGUUUGUCAAGUGGCAGUACUUUGAAGGUGAUGUGUCCAAAGGUGCGCCCUACCCACCGUGCAGUGGAGUUCACAUUCGCUCCGUGUGUGUUUUUGGAGCAGGGGACUUGAACUGGAUGCUACGGAACCACCACUUGUUUGCUAAUAAGUUUGACACUGAUGUCGACCCUUUUGCAGUGAAAUGCUUGGAAGAGUAUUUGCGACACAAAGCUCUGUAUCUGCAGAAGAACUGAGAUGUGUGCUCCAGUUGGGAAACAUAAGUACAGAUACUCUACUGCUACGUACUUUAACGUGUUACAGCAGUCGUGGUGAUGCUGAUAAAUGGGUAUAAUGACUCUCACCAUGUUGGUCUGGUGCUGCUCAUGCCCUGCCUCGUCCAUGGACGAGAGGGAGAAAACCUGUCUUGAGUAUGCCUUGUGGCACACUGAAGUUUGGAGCUUUAGGUAUAAAGUCAGCACGAAAGCCAGCUAUUGGGAAUAUUUAUUAUCUAGAAGGUAUAAUUAAUGGACUUCCUUUGGUUAAACUGUUUCAAGGCAUAGAAAAUGCAUGUUGUUCAUGGUUAUUCUCAAUUAUUUUUUUCCAUGAAUUUAAUGAAUGCUAACUGGAAGAGAAAGAUGAAGGGAUGGGGUACAAAGCAGCUGGACUGCACUUCAUACUGAAUACUAAAAGAUCUCAGGAAUAUAAUGUUAGAAGUUAUCUAAAAGCUAUGCAAAAGGGGAUAUGCAAAGCCAGCUGUUAUCAUUUUACUUAGAUCUGUUUGCUGCAGUUCUGUUACAUGUAAUUCUUAAUCCUCCUUAAAAUUUUGUCUUCGGCAUGGAGUAUUGAAGAAUUCAAAUCUUUUGUAUUCUUAAAGCACCCUAAUAUUGUGAUAUGAAGUUUAUACACUAGUUUGUAAUUACAUCUUCUCAGGGAAACUUCAGUUUUGUGCCUGAUGAGAUUUAGACUUGUAAUUUUACAUUUCUUACUGUAUGGGGAGUUUUGCUUUUGUAUCCAAAAUGGAUGAAAUUUCUCAAAACUUAAAGAACUGCAGUAGUGUCUAAAUAUUACUGGUGGAACUGCUGGUUUCUGCUUUCUGUCAAGCUCAAUUGCUCAUUCCAGAUUAUUUUAACACUAAGUACGGAAAAAAUAAAAUUAUUUUUUUAAAUGA